AUGGCGACACCUACAUACGUCCUACCGCCCUUGCCAUAUGCCUACGAUGCCCUGGAGCCGAGUAUUUCCAAGCAGAUCAUGGAACUCCACCAUGACAAGCAUCAUCAAACUUAUGUGACGAAUCUUAACAAAGCGUUGCAAGUGUCCGCAUCCGCGCUGGCCGAGGGCAAUCUGCCGAACUCGGCCGCUCAGCUAUCCGCCAUCCGCUUCAACGGUGGCGGCCACAUCAACCACUCACUCUUCUGGGAGAAUCUGGCACCGUCCUCCUCGGCAGACUCGAAGGUUGACGCGGCUCCGAAGCUGUCGGCGGCAAUCAACUCCACAUGGGGGAGUCUGGAGAAGUUCAAGCAGGCAUUCACGGCCGCCCUGCUGGGCAUCCAGGGCAGCGGCUGGGGCUGGCUCGUCAAGGAGGCCGGCACCGGCCAGCUGAGGGUGGUGACGCUUGCCAACCAGGAGGCUGUCGUCGUCGGCGACACGCCUAUUUUUGGUGUCGACAUGUGGGAGCAUGCUUACUACCUGCAAUAUCUUAAUGGGAAAGCCGCCUACGUCGAGAACAUCUGGGCGGUGAUCAAUUGGAAGACUGCUGAGUCACGGUUUGUGGGGGCUAGAGAGGACGCCUUCAAGUCGCUGAGGGCAAAGAUGUGA